AUGUCGUUAGGUGAAAGUAUCAAUCAAGAUUCAACAUCAUCACCUACUAAUCGUCAUUUUCUUAUUGUUCCAUCAUUCAAUCCUGAACGUCGACAUUCAUGGGCGAGUGUUAUUUCACAUAUAUCAGCACGAAAUUCUGAUAUUACUUCAUAUAUAAAUAUAACAAAUCCUGAAAGUACACGACAAUCAGUCGAACAAACUUCAAAGACCAAUUUUACACAUCGACAAAGUUCGACACCAAGUCUUUCAUCACAUUGUCCUUCAAAAAAUCUUAUACGAACUCAUCGAAAAACAAAUACAAAACCAACAAUAAUAUCAUCACCAACAACAAUACCAACAUUAACAAAGUCAACAAAAAAACGUCGUCGACGCGGAGGAAUGGCUUCAGCUUGUACUUCAUGUGUUUCAUCAAAUCAAAGUCGUCGACAGAGUUCGACAACUAUUGAUGAUAUCACAACAACUCCCGCUAUAUCUUCAUCUACAAAUCCACCUUUACUAGCUCGUCUUGGACAGAUUAUAUUGAGACGAAGAACUAAUGGUGGUGCUAAUAAUAGUAGUAGUAGUACCAUAGUCAAUAACAAAAGCAGGUAA